AUGCACUACGGCCGUCCGUGGGUUACCACAUUAAGGAUUGUUGUCAGUGGCCUCCAUGCCUUUCGGGUGUGGCGUCUGCAGCCCCCAGGUGCCCGGAACGCUUGGAGCCCUGCACAACUUCUCAAUGAGGAGAAUUUACGGAAGCAGGAGGAGUCCGUGCAGAAGCACCAUCAGACCUUCUUGGAGUCCAUCAGGACGGCUGGCACCUUGUUUGGGGAAGGAUUCCGUGCCUUUGUGACAGACUGGGACAAAGUGACAGCCACGGUGGCUGGGCUGACGCUGCUGGCUGUCGGGGUCUACUCAGCCAAGAAUGCCACGCUUGUCGCCGGUCGCUUCAUCGAAGCUCGGCUGGGGAAGCCGUCCCUGGUGAGGGAGACGUCCCGCAUCACGGUGCUGGAGGCGCUGCGGCACCCCAUCCAGGUCAGCCGGCGGCUCCUCAGUCGACCCCAGGACGCGCUGGAGGGUGUUGUGCUCAGUCCCAGCCUGGAAGCACGGGUGCGCGACAUUGCCAUAGCAACAAGGAACACCAAGAAGAACCGGGGCCUGUACGGGAAUGUCCUGCUGUACGGGCCACCAGGCACCGGGAAGACGCUGUUUGCCAAGAAACUCGCCCUGCACUCAGGCAUGGACUACGCCAUCAUGACAGGCGGGGACGUGGCCCCCAUGGGGCGGGAAGGCGUGACCGCCAUGCACAAGCUCUUUGACUGGGCCAAUACCAGCCGGCGCGGCCUCCUGCUCUUCGUGGAUGAAGCAGACGCCUUCCUUCGGAAGCGAGCCACUGAGAAGAUAAGCGAGGACCUCAGGGCCACACUGAACGCCUUCCUGUACCGCACGGGCCAGCACAGCAACAAAUUCAUGCUGGUCCUGGCCAGCUGCCACCCCGAGCAGUUCGACUGGGCCAUCAAUGCCUGCAUUGACGUGAUGGUCCACUUCGACCUGCCGCAGCAGGAGGAGCGGGCGCACCUGGUGAGAAUGUAUCCUGACAAGUAUGUUCUUAAGCCGGCCACAGAGGGAAAGCAGCGCCUGAAGCUGGCCCAGUUUGACUUUGGGAGGAAGUGCUCGGAGGUCGCUCAGCUGACGGAGGGCAUGUCGGGCUGGAAGAUCGCACAGCUGGCUGUGUCCUGGCAGGCCACGGCGUAUGCCUCCGAGGACGGGGUCCUGACCGAGGCCAUGAUGGACGCCUGUGUGCAAGACUUUGUCCAGCAGCACCAGCAGAUGAUGCGCUGGCUGAAGGGGGAGAGGCCUGGGCCGGAGGACGAGCAACCCUCAUCCUGAGUCCAUGGCGAGACCACACCUCAGGGAGCCUGGCCGUGGACCCCCCCACCCCUGCCUUUCCGGCCCUGCACAUUUAGAAAAUACUCCCCAUAAUAAAGUC